AUGAUCACCAUACGCCGUAGACCCGCGAGGGUACCAAUCUACCUGGGCAUCGCCCUGACAUUGCUGUUGGUCUGGCAUACCGGCUUUCCCGCCGGCUGGAGUGCUGGAACCCUUAACUACAAUGGUAUUCGCUACCGUAAGUCGAGCUACGACUGGGCGAGCCUGAAGCCCGAAUAUCCACUAGAGAAGCCGCUGCGCACGCCUCCGAAGGGCACUCCCGUCGAACUCCCACGAGUCCAGUACGAUUUCGACAGUAGCAAAAAGCAAGCGGGAAAGAAGACGAGCAAAAAACUUUCCCACUAUGAGAACGGCGACCGUGAUCGGGAGAAGCAGACCGAGUCGAGACGGGCCGCCGUGGUCCACGCCUUCCGGCGGAGCUGGGCGAGCUACAAGGAGAAUGCGUGGACAUGGGACGAGCUGACACCCGUAUCGGGCCAUGGCAAAACCACAUUUGGUGGUUGGUCAGCCAGUCUGGUCGACGGCCUCGAUACCCUUUGGAUCAUGGGAAUGCACGACGAGUUCCGCCGGGCCGUUAGGACCGUCGCGCUGAUCGACUGGUCCAACACUACGGAGACGGCUGCCAACAUGUUUGAGACGACGAUCCGCCACUUGGGCGGUCUCAUCAGCGCCUACGACUUGAGCGGCGAGCCGGCCUUGCUGGCUAAGGCCGUAGAACUGGGCGACAUGCUAUACAUGGGCUUUGAUACCCCGAACCGUAUGCCACCUUUCUGGUUCAAGUUCUCGGACGCAAAAUACGGCACGCAAAAGGUGGGCGAGCGUGAGUCCUCGGCCGCGGGAUGCUCCCUCUCCAUGGAGUUUACCCGCCUAUCCCAGCUGACGGGCGAUGCGAAAUACUACGAUGCCACGGAGCGAGUGAAGGAGUUCCUCGUCAAGACGCAGACGCGAAGCAAGCUGCCCGGCAUGUGGCCCAUGUAUAUGAACUACCGCGACGAGAAGGUAGAGGACAGCUCCUUCACGAUUGGCGCCCAGGCCGACUCACUCUACGAGUAUCUGCCAAAGAUGCACGCCCUGCUGGGCGGUCUCGACAGCGAGUACGGGAAGCUCACAGUCGACUCUUUCGACGUCAUCGACAAACAUAUCCUCUUUAGGCCCAUCCUUCCUAAUAAAACAGACAUCCUCAUCCCAGGCAACGCCUUCGCCCAUGGCGACAACGUUGACCUGACGCCCGAGAUGCAGCACCUGGGCUGCUUCGCCGGCGGCAUGUACGGCCUUGCUGGCAAACUGCUGGGCCGGGAAUCUUACGUCACCAUUGGCGAAAAGAUCUCCCGUGGUUGCGCCUGGGCAUACAAAGUCUUCCCUACGGGCAUCAUGCCCGAGAUUAUGACAUUCCACCCCUGUAACGAGCCGGAUCACGGCGCCUGCGAGUGGGACCAAAAGACGCACGGCAGCAAGAGCGACGUGCCUGGCGGCGUCAAGCAGGUCCGCGACAGCCGGUACAUGCUCCGCCCGGAGGCCAUCGAGAGCAUCUUUUACAUGUACCGCAUCACGGGCGACGACGAGUGGCGCGAGGUCGCAUGGGACAUGUUCCAGAGCAUCCGGCGCGCAACGGAGACGCCGCUGGCGUAUUCUUCGAUUGCCGACGUCAACGUCCAGCCGGGGCAGACGACCAAGACGGACUCGAUGGAAAGUUUCUGGUUCGCUGAGACGCUGAAGUACUUUUACCUCAUCUUUUCGCCGCCCGACGUGAUUAGUCUCGACGAGUGGGUGCUGAACACGGAAGCGCACCCGUUCAAGCGGCCCAAGAGGAUGGAUCAUGUUGAGACUGAGGCGGAGAUUCGGGAACAAUCCAAGUGA